CGCGGGGCGGAGGCGAUGGCCACCGUAGUGGUGGAAGUGGACUCGGAGCCCUGCUGCAGCAUCCCCAACCCGACCUCCACCUCGCCCAGUCUCUCCCACCGCUUCCUAGACAGCAAGUUUUACCUGCUGGUGGUCAUCGGCGAGCUGGUGACCGAGGAGCACCUGCGGCGGGCCAUCACCAAUAUCGAGCGAGGAAUCCGAUCAUGGGACACAAACUUGGUCGAAUGCAACUUGGAUCAAGAACUGAAACUUUUUGUGUCUCGCCAUUCAGCUCGAUUCUCUCCUGAAGUUCGAGGUCAGAAGAUUCUUCACCACAGAAGUGAUGUCUUAGAAACUGUAGUCCUCAUCAAUCCCUCAGAUGAAGCAGUUAGUACUGAGGUGCGCUUAAUGAUCACAGAUGCUGCAAGGCACAAGCUCCUUGUUCUAACUGGCCAGUGCUUUGAAAACACAGGAGAGCUCAUUCUUCAGUCAGGGUCCUUCUCCUUCCAGAACUUCAUUGAGAUUUUCACGGAUCAAGAGAUUGGUGAAUUGUUGAGCACCACACACCCUGCCAACAAAGCCAGCUUAACUCUUUUCUGCCCUGAGGAAGGAGAAUGGAAAAAUUCCAACCUUGACAGACACAACCUUCAAGACUUCAUUAACAUUAAACUCAACUCAGCUUCCAUAUUGCCUGAGAUGGAAGGACUCUCUGAAUUCACAGAGUAUCUGUCAGAAUCAGUAGAAGUGCCAUCACCUUUCGACAUUUUGGAACCUCCAACCUCAGGAGGUUUCUUGAAGCUCUCCAAACCCUGCUGUUACAUUUUUCCAGGGGGAAGAGGGGACUCUGCAUUGUUCGCAGUGAAUGGAUUCAAUAUGCUUAUCAAUGGAGGAUCUGAAAGAAAAUCUUGUUUUUGGAAACUUAUCCGGCACUUGGACAGGGUAGAUUCCAUUCUGCUCACUCACAUCGGAGAUGACAAUCUGCCAGGAAUCAAUAGCAUGCUUCAGCGAAAGAUAGCUGAACUAGAAGAGGAACAGUCUCAAGGGUCUACUACCAACAGUGACUGGAUGAAAAAUCUGAUAGAAACAAUAAAAGAAACAAAAUCUGAAGUUGCACUUAUAAAGGACGAUCUGAAACUCACUGGCACAGUACAAAAAGACACCUUUGAAGUACAAAAAGAAAAACUGGAUAAUGAAGGACCUGCUGAGUCAUCCGAUGAAGGCAUAACAACCACAGAGGCUGAGGGUGAGUGUGAACAGACACCUGAAGAAUUGGAACCUGUGGGAAAACACAAGGUUGAUGACAAUGAAAAGUUUGAAGAUGAGGGAACUGGCUUGGAAGAAUCAUCUGAAGCAGAUUAUGAAGAAAAGGCAGAGACAGAAGAAGCUGAAGAACGAGAUGAAAAUGAAGUAGAAAAAACACAACUGGAUGCCACAAAACCAUACGUGGAAGAAUCAAGAAAAAUUCCAGGUGGCUCAGAAAAAGUAAUGACUCAAGUAGAUACUAACAUUAAAGAUGAAAAUUAUAUUGAAAAGGCAGAUUAUGAGGCAUCUGAUGAACGAGCUGAAGAAGACAGGGAAGAAGCGAUAGAAAAGGCAGAAACUGAAGAGACUGAAGAAGAUGAGGAAGACAAAGCAGAAGACAUCAGAGAUGAAGAAGAAACUGAAAAAACAGAAGCUGAAGAAGAUUACGUGAUGGCUGUGGUAGACAAAGCUGCAGAAUCUGGUGAAACUGAGGAUAAGUAUGGCCUACUCAUAAUUACACCAACCAAACGCUCAGAGUCUCAGUCUCCUGUGAUUGAACCAGCUUCUUCUAUCCAUGAUGAGACACUGCCUGGUGGUUCAGAAAGUGAAGCCACUGUUUCUGAUGAAGAAAAUAGAGAAGAUCAACCUGAGGAAUUCACUGCUACUUCAGGUUACACACAGUCCACCAUUGAAAUAUCCAGUGAACCAACUCCAAUGGAUGAAAUGUCAACACCCCGAGAUGUUAUGAGUGAUGAAACUAACAAUGAGGAAAGCGAGUCACCCUCUCAGGAGUAUGUGAACAUUACCAAGUAUGAGACAUCACUCUACUCUCAAGAGUUCAGCAGAGCUAAACUUUCUCCACUUCCAGAUGCUUUUAAUGGGUUAUCCGAAGGAUCCAAGACAGAGGCCACAGAAGGUAAGGAUUAUAAUGCCUCAGCUUCCACCAUCUCACCACCCUCUUCAUUAGAAGAAGACAAAUUCUGCAAAUCUGCAUUCCAAGAUGUAUACCGGCAAAGAGAAAGUGAAAUCCAAGGCACUGACAAAUUAGAAAUCAGAGAACCCUACCAAGAAGAUGGUGGAAAACAUAGUUCAGCCAAGAGUCCAGCUGACAGUUUGUCCCCUCCAUCGCCUGUUGCCAAAACACCACUGAGUGAACGUAGUGUGAACUUUUCGCUCACUCCCAAUGAGAUCAAGGCUCCUUCUGAGUCUGUCCCUACUGCUAAAUUGCCUGAUGUACACCAGGAAGUUGCUGAAGAGCACUGCACGAGCCCUGAAGAUAAAACAUUAGAAGUAGCAUCUCCAUCACAGUCUGCUGCUGGUAGUGCUGGCCACACACCUUAUUAUCAGUCUCCCACUGAUGAAAAGUCCAGUCAGCUGCCCUCUGAAACCAGUGAAAAGUCAACAGAAGCCCCUGUUAGCUUUGAGUUCAGUGAAGACAAAGAUGAGUCUGCAAAAUGCAGAAUAAGCCCCAUGGAUGAGCCUGUGCCAGAUUCAGAAUCCCCCAUUGAAAAGGUUCUCUCACCUCUGCGGAGUCCUCCACUGAUAGGUUCAGAGACCACUUACGAUACAUUUUUGAGUGCUGAUUUAAAGUCUCCCACCAGAGAUUAUGGAAGUCCUUCUGAGGGGAAACCUGAAAAAGAAAAAUCACCUGUUCAGAUGAGCCCAGCUUCUGAAGCAAGCUCUGUGGGCCUCUUCCAAGAAAAACAAGAUGAAAAAAGCAUGGAGUUUAUGGUAAUUAAGGAAGGCUUCAGCCUGGAAAGGAAAAUGGAGGAUACAGAACCUAGCAGCUCCCAGUCUUCACUGGUCUUGGAUGAGCGGAAGUUAGCAGGUGAUCUCUCACCAACUCAAAUAGAUAUCAGUCAGUUUGGCUCUUUAAAAGAAGAUACUAAAAUGUCAAUUUCUGAAGGCACUGUCUCUGACAAGUCUGCAACUCCCGUUGAUGAGGUUGUUGCAGAAGACACCUAUUCCCAUAUAGAAGGAGUAGCUUCUGUCUCUACAGCAUCUGUUGCUACUAGUUCAUUUCCAGAACCAACUACUGAUGAUGUAUCUCCUUCCUUGCACGCUGAGGUUGGUUCUCCCCACUCUACUGAAGUUGAUGAUUCUCUUUCCGUGUCAGUUGUACAAACACCAACAACUUUUCAGGAAACAGAAAUGUCUCCAUCUAAAGAAGAGUGCCCAAGGCCUAUGUCAAUUUCUCCACCAGAUUUCUCACCUAAAACUGCAAAAUCAAGAACACCAGUGCUUGAUCACAGAUCUCCUGAGCAGUCAGCUAUGUCAGUAGAAUAUGGUCAGGAGUCACCUGAGCAGUCUUUAGCAAUGGAUUUUAGUAGGCAGUCUCCAGAAUAUCCUGCUCUAGGCAGUAGUGUACACCAUAUCUCUGAAAAUGGACCGACGGAAGUAGAUUAUAGCCCUUCAGAUACACAGGAGUCUCCUUUUGCACAGAAGAUUUCACCUGUGGAACAGUCAUCUUACUCUCAAGAGAAAGAUAUUUCAGAAAUUAUUUCAGUUUCUCAAAUUGAAGCUUCAUCCUCAACUUCAUCAGCUCACACACCUUCCCAGGUAGCUUCACCACUGCCAGAGGAAGCUUUUUCAGGUGGUGUUCCACCCAGAGAGAUGUCACUGCAUUCUUCUUUUACCUCAGAAAAGGUGCAGAGCCUGGGAGAAAAGCUGUCACCAAAAUCUGACCUGUCUCCACUAACUCCAAGGGAAUCUUCUCCCCUGUAUUCUCCUACUUUUCCAGAUUCACCUCCUGCAAUCACAGAAGCAGUGUCAGCUAGUCACACACCUUUGUUGUCACAACGAGUGUCUUCUGUCAAAGCCUUUGGUUAUCAGGAACCCCUAUCAAAGCACAGUCCAGAACCUUUGCUCAGCCCAGAUAAAGAAGAUUCAGAGAAAAGCAGCAGGUCACCAGAGGAACUUAGUUAUUCAUAUGAGGCCAGAGAGAAAAGUACAAGGUCACCAGAGAAUAUCAGCUAUUCCUAUGAGGCAGUCGGAAAAUCUACUAGAUCACCUCAAGCCAUGGAUUAUUCCUAUGAGACAAGCAGAAAAACUACUAGGUCUCCUGAGACCACAGAUUAUUCCUAUGAGAUCACCAGGAACACUACUAGGUCACCCGAGGGUACAGACUAUUCAUACGAGAUAAUUGCAAAAAAUAUGGGGUCAUCUGAGGUCACAGAUUAUUCUUAUCAGAUAACAGGGAAAACCACCAGGUCACCAGGGGCCACAGAUUAUUCCUAUGAGACAGCUGGGAAAACCACCAAAUCACCUGAAGCCACAGAUUAUUCCUAUGAGUUAACUGGGAAAGCUACCAGAUCACCCGAUACUAUGGAUUAUUCCUAUGAGACAACAAGGAAAACCUCUAAGUCACCAGAAUCUGUUGGCUACUGCUAUGAGACAACUGGGAGAACCACCAGGUCAUCAGAGGCCAUGACUUACUCUUAUGAGACAGCUGAGAAAGCCUCCAGUUCACCUGAAGCCACAGAUUACUCGUUUGAGACAACUGGGAGAGCUACCCCUGGGAGGUCACCUGAAGCUACCGGCUAUUCCUAUGAAGCAAGUGCACAUUUUACUCCAAGUAAAUCGUUAGCAGAAUCCCGUCAAGAUGUUGACUUAUGCCUUGUGUCUUCUUGUGAAUAUAAACAUCCCAAAACUGAACUUUCACCUUCAUUUAUCAACCCAAAUCCCCUUGAGUGGUUUGCAAGUGAAGAACAGUCUCAAGAUCAAGAGAAGCCACUAACUCAGUCUGGGGGAGCUCAGCCUCCUUCUGGGGGAAAGCCGCAAGGACGGCAGUGUGAUGAAACUCCUCCCACAUCUGUGAGCGAGUCUGCCCCAUCUCAGACCGAUUCGGAUGUUCCCCCGGAGACUGAGGAAUGCCCUUCCAUCACUGCAGAUGCUAACAUUGACUCAGAAGAUGAGUCAGAAACCAUUCCAACGGACAAGACAAUUACCUACAAACACAUUGACCCACCACCUGUCCCUAUGCAGGAUCGCAGCCCUUCCCCCAGGCACCCUGAUGUUACCAUGGUUGAUCCAGAGGCUCUGCCAGUUGAACAGAAUUUAGGCAAACCUUUGAAGAAGGACCUCAAAGAAAAGACAAAGACAAAAAAGCAGGGUACCAAGACCAAGUCAUCUUCUCCUGUUAAAAAAAGUGAUGGUAAAUCAAAACAAGUGGCUUCACCAAAGCCAGCUACAAAAGAAUCUUUAGACAAAAUUUCCAGAACAGCUUCUCCAAAAAAGAAGGAAUCUGUGGAGAAGGCAACCAAAAAUAUCUCUAAUCCAGAGCUGAAGUCUCGAGUGGAAGAGAAAGAUAAGGAUACAAAGAAUGCAGCAAAUACAACAACAUCCAAGUCGGCAAAGACUGCAACCACAGGACCUGGGAAUACUAAGGUGGCAAAAUCUACAGCAGUGCCUCCAGGACCUCCAGUGUAUUUGGAUCUGGUGUACAUUCCCAACCACAGCAACAGCAAGAAUGUUGAUGUUGAGUUUUUCAAGAGGGUGCGGUCAUCCUACUAUGUGGUGAGCGGGAAUGACGCUGCGGCCGAGGAGCCAAGCAGGGCUGUUCUGGACUCCCUGCUGGAGGGCAAGGCGCAGUGGGAGAGUAACAUGCAGGUGACUUUAAUCCCAACCCAUGACUCAGAAGUGAUGAGGGAAUGGUAUCAAGAGACCCAUGAGAAACAGCAGGAUCUCAACAUCAUGGUUUUGGCAAGCAGCAGCACUGUUGUUAUGCAAGAUGAGUCUUUUCCUGCAUGCAAGAUUGAACUGUAAGAACAAGACCGAGCAUUACAAGAUUAAACUUUGUUUCCAGAAAUUCUUCAGUAUAAAAACACCUUUCCUGAAAAUUCAAGUCAUCUAUUUCAACUGCUGAACUAUACACCUGCCAAAUGCUAUACUGUGUCACAGUGAUGCAAAUCACUAAUAUAUUUUUCAGUCUUUGUUGGUUGCUAAGGGAAAAUAACAGUCUUCCCAUAGUAGAGUACAAAUUACUGCAAAAAUACAGAUCCAGUUGCAUCUCCACUGAACGUUUUGAAACCAUGCACUAGCAACCCUAAUUGACUUUUGCCAGGUAGAGGCAUUUGCCCUCUAAAGAAACACAAAGAGAGAAAGAGAGAGCGGGGUAGGAGGAGAAAGUAGUAAAUUAUUAGGUCUGCAUUAGUCUCAUGGCAAUAGAUGUAUCGCUUAGUACAGUCUGCUUAUGUUCUCACAUGAGAAGAAAGUUUUGAAUUUUUAUCAAUAUGAGCUAUCACUAUGGGGAUCCU